AUGUUCACCGGUUUUUCAUUCAUUCAUAAUAUUUGCAUUUUGUCCAAAAUUAAAAGUUUGACAUGGUUUUCACUUAACAUAUCCAAUAAUAAUCGGUUUGAAAUCAUACUUGGAAGCAAAUACUAACAAGACCCUUUUGAAAGGGUCAAGAAGUGGUCAGAAUGGCGACCAGAGGUCUGACAGAAGUGUUUAUUUUGAUGAGAAACAAUGCACUUCAAAGCAGGCAUAUUUUCUCAGAACAGACUGCUGAUGACCGAAUGGCAUUGAUGACAAGUUCUAUAGAUCCUGAAUUGGGAAUAGCUUCAUCAAGAUCGUCUAAUUUACCACCAGAAUGGGUGGAUGGUGUGGAAGAAAUCCAAUUUGAGGCAUCAAGAAUUAAGAGAAAAAUGAAAGAGUUGUCUGCUCUUCAUGAUAGACAUUUAAAUCGCCCUACAUUAGAUGAUAAUGUUGAUGAAGAACAUGCUAUAGAAAUACAAACACAAGAAAUCACACAGAUGUUCACAAGAUGCCAAAGACUUGUACAUCAGAUUAGUAGUAAAAGUCAAAUUGGUACUAAUCAGGAGAGAAAAUUAUCCACAAAUAUAGUUUCAUCUUUAGCUAGAAUGAUCCAAGAAAUGUCUUUAAACUUCAGGAAAUCUCAAUCAACAUAUCUUAAAAAAUUAAAAUCAAGAGAAGAACGAUCGUUACAUUAUUUUGGACCUAGUGUAACUAAUGAUUCAGCUUUAAUGGAAGAUUUAAUGGGUGGGGGAGAAGAUAUAGUCUAUGACAAGGGUUUUACCUCAAGACAGAUGCAGUUAGUAGAAGAUAAUUCUGUAUCUGUACAACAUAGAGAAAAGGAAAUAUUACAAAUAACUAGAUCUAUACAAGAUUUAAAUGAAAUAUUUAAAGAUUUAUCUACUAUGAUAGUAGAUCAGGGUUCUAUAUUAGAUAGAAUAGACUAUAAUAUUGAACAUGCUAGUGUUGGCGUUGAAAAAGGUUUACAACAACUUCAGAAGGCUGAAAAAUAUCAGAAGAAAAAUCGUAAAAUGUAUAUAGUCAUGGUUUUAGCUGUUCUAAUUAUAUUAUUAAUAAUUAUAUUGAUUGCUACUAAAAGCUAGCAGGAAUAAUGAAAUAUUUAUUUAAUUUAUGGUGAUAUUACAACUAUGUGUAUUUAACAAUACUGGAACAAUAGUUAAUUUAUACUGGGGAAGAUCAUAUAUUUGGGAAAUUAAGAACAGUCUUUUUAAAGUUAAAUCUUUCACUUCUUGUGUCAAUCACCCCCCUAAAAAAAUCUGGAAUGAAGCCUGCUAGUGAGCUGGCUGAAAAAGUUGUAUGUGAAUAUUGAUCUAUACUCAUUUAUAAUUAAUGGAGGAUACAAGCCAAAGCAUUCCAAGAGAUAAGGCGUCAUUUGUUUUAUGAUUGAAGGGUAUAUGAAAAGUUUGAUUUAAAUGUAUAUUUAAAGUUCACCUUGUCAAAAUUGUUGAAGUAAAUGCCAACUAGAUCAAAUUAAUACAAUGAAUGGUUCCUGUCAUGUUCCUUUAGCAACGGUACGAUGAUAAUGAUAAUGUUAGAUGUAAAUAAUCAUCGUACCGUUGCUAAAGGGACAUGGGUUCCUUUGUGAUAUUGUUAGUAUUGUGAGACCAUUUAUUCAGUGGCGUAUAUUUACAGAUAACUAUAUUAAGUUUACCAUUACUUUAACAAAUGAUGACACUUAUACCUGAUGAUUGUGAUAUUAUAGGCACUGAAACAAUGUAUUUUUUAGGUGUUUCCAUAGAAAUCAUUAAGAGAUCUUAUAAUUACAAUAGUUACCUACAAAAACUCAUCUGGUUGGGAAAGUCUGU